AUGGUGGACCAUCGUCGCCAGAAGCGAGAGGAAGAGAGAAAGAAGAAGGCACGUAAGCAGGCCACUCAGGCUGCACCUAAUAAUAGCCGGACCACUCGCUCUACCUUGUCUCAAUCUGCCGCUUCUGCUCAGUCUGCUCGCUCUUCUGCUUCUGCUUCUGUUACUCGUCCUAAGCCUCGGCCUGUUAUCAGACUGAAGCCUCCGGUAGCCCCAGUCCCCAAUGAUCCAAGGGAUGAGCUUACACCACCACCCCAGGUCUCUCAGGAAGAAGUCGACAAUGCAGUUGAUGCGCUCCUUGGUGCUCGAUUGAAUGCCCAGGAUCCUGUUGAGGCACUGAAUGGGGCACAGCGGGAGGUAGAUCAGGAGGGUGCACUUGACGAGGAGGAAGUAGGUGUGCAAGGAAGGAAGAGAAAAAGGAAUGAGCAUGGACAGGAGGAGGGUGAGGAUGUGGACUUUGACAGUGGGGGUGCUGAUGAGGGCGAGGACGAGGAAGAGGCCGAGCACGAGGAAGAGGAAGAGGAAGAGAAUCAGGGUGAGGAUGAGGAGGAUGAGGACGAGGAGGAUGAGGACGAGGAUGGGCAGGAUGGUGGUGUGGCAAAGGUGAAUGGAAAUAGUGACGAGGAGGAGGAGGAGGAGGAGCAAGAUAGUUCAGACUCGGAUGAUGGAGAAAUUCCUAUUGUCUAUGCUGUUCCAUACGAUGGUGCGGUCGAGAAUGUUCUACUCAACUCCAACGUUACCUGGGCAUUCCUCCAAGAGACGAUCGCUGAGAAGAUGAAAGUCCCUCUCCGAAAACUUCACCUCACCUACCGACUUAGCUCUGAGCCCAAGGCAGCACCCCUUCAUCACUUAUCCUCUCCUCUUCACUACAUCGAGCUCAUUCAGGCUGUGCGUGAUGAAUUGGCGUUCCGUGCCCGAUAUAAGGGGAAGGCAAAGGUCACAGCACUUCUAGUUCAGCUUACGGAUAUGUCGGAGAAGGAGAGUGGCGGAAAAGGCAAGGGCAAAAAUCCUGCGAAGAAGAAGCAGAAAACCUCGUCUUCAAAUGUGGCGGGCUCAUCUGAUGUAGAGGAUGGUGAAGAUGUGGCAGAGACAGCACUGAAGUCUCGCAAGAAGAGUGCUACGCAGUGGGUUGCGAGGAUUAUCGAGGAUGUCCCCGACUGCAAUGCUCAUCCCGGUCGAGUUUGUAUCAAGGAAGGUGACAUCCACGAUACGCUCACUGAUCAACAAGUGUCAUGGUGGAGUGUUAUGCUGACACAAGGCUAUACCUCAACAACUAUCCCACCACGAGGCCUCAACUUUGGCGAUAAAAAGAAGCCAGAGAGACCCUCUUCAUCUAAAACUCAGCCCGACCUUCCUCCACAGCCUAUGUAUCAUUACCCACCCCCAUACUAUCCGCCACCACCUCCUACUCCUCAGCGCUACGGUGAUCGCUUCAACACUGACGUUCGGAGCUCUGAUGGUGCCUAUGAGGAACUUGAAGAUGUCACUCUCUAUCCUCGUCUUCCCGAAUGGCUUCAAGGGUUAGAUGAUGGGAUACGUGGUAAGGAUGGGCAGAACUUUGCACAAUUUGAUGCUGCAUUGGUUGGCGCAGGAUAUAGGCGGAUUUGUGACUUGCAGGAUGAGAAGCUAGUCACAGCUAAGAUGUUGCGGAAGGAUUGUGGUAUAAUAAGCGGGGUCGCGGUUAACAUCUUAAGGUGGGCGAGGCAAGAUGUGUCCAAGAUCAAGGACACCGAGCGACGACGCCUUCAUGAGCUAAAGCGUGCACCUAAGCGAUACACUUAG